CAGCAACAAAAAGCAUAGUACACUUACCAUUUCCUUCUCUCUAGAACUUUUUAUAAUAAAAAGAAAGCAUUUUUAUUAGAUCUGAUUUUGAUUUUGACCAUAACAGAAACCCAAAAGACAGGCACUUUCAGCUACAAAUUUCAGAUAUGGACGGUGGAGGUACGGCGGAUACAGAGAUGUCGGAUGCCCCGCAACAAGAGCAGGCUCCACCACAACCUAUGGGAGGAGGAGGAGGAGGAGGAGGAGGUGGAGGGAUGGAGAAUAUACCGGCAACGUUGAGUCAUGGAGGGAGGUUUAUACAAUAUAAUAUAUUUGGAAAUAUAUUUGAAGUUACUGCUAAGUAUAAACCUCCUAUUAUGCCUAUUGGUAAAGGGGCUUAUGGCAUCGUCUGUUCGGCUUUGAAUUCUGAGACAAAUGAGCAUGUGGCAAUAAAGAAGAUAGCAAAUGCGUUUGAUAAUAAGAUUGAUGCAAAGAGGACACUUCGCGAGAUCAAGUUGCUUCGCCACAUGGAUCAUGAAAAUGUUGUGGCAAUCAGGGAUAUAAUUCCUCCACCGCAGAGGGAAUCGUUUAAUGAUGUUUAUAUUGCAUAUGAGCUAAUGGACACUGACCUGCAUCAGAUCAUUCGCUCCAAUCAAGUAUUAUCAGAAGAGCACUGUCAGUAUUUCCUGUAUCAGAUACUCCGUGGAUUGAAAUAUAUACAUUCUGCAAACGUCCUGCAUAGAGAUUUAAAACCUAGCAAUCUCCUCCUGAAUGCUAAUUGUGACUUGAAGAUAUGUGAUUUUGGUCUGGCUCGUGUCACCUCGGAAACUGAUUUCAUGACAGAAUAUGUUGUUACAAGAUGGUAUCGAGCACCAGAGCUGCUCUUGAACUCCUCAGAUUACACUGCAGCUAUUGAUGUGUGGUCAGUGGGUUGUGUGUUCAUGGAGCUGAUGGAUCGAAAGCCCCUAUUUCCUGGCCGAGAUCAUGUGCAUCAGCUUCGUUUGCUUAUGGAGCUGAUUGGCACCCCAUCAGAGGCUGAGUUGGGUUUUUUGAAUGAAAAUGCAAAGAGAUACAUUCGGCAACUGCCACUUCAUCGCCGUCAGUCAUUCACUGAAAAGUUCCCAACUGUCCACCCGGCAGCUAUUGAUCUUAUUGAAAAGAUGUUAACUUUUGAUCCCAGACAGAGGAUUACUGUUGAGGAAGCACUUGCUCAUCCAUACCUAACAUCGCUUCACGACAUCAGUGAUGAACCAAUCUGCAUGACCCCCUUCAGCUUUGACUUUGAGCAGCAUGCACUGACUGAAGAACAGAUGAAGGAACUUAUUUAUCGGGAAGCUCUUGCAUUCAACCCUGAAUACCAGAACUAGUGAUUAAUCAUUGUGACUGGUCAACUUGAUUUCCUUGAUUUAUAUGUUUUCUAGUGAUUUCUUUCAUGGUGUAAAUACGUUCCAUCCAAAACCGGGUGGUUCCUGAAUCGAAUUAUUUAUUAUGGACAGAAUUCAGGGGAACAAAACAAUUAAAAUGGUGUUUGUGUCGGCUGUAGCAGUGUUCUUUCUAUUGAAUUGAGCCUACUUUUUUCCUGGCA